AGGCCCAGAAACGCUCAGGAGUCAAGCUCCUUGACGUGGUCACCCAUCCAACUAAUCAUCAUUCUGAUCUGGAUGUGUGAUAAAGGAUAAUUAUACAUGCAUCCUAUGGAAACUGUAACGCCGGUUUAUCAUAUCUGUAGCACUAAGAUAUUUUAACAAGCGUAUAAUAGCUGUACACAGACGACUAUCUUUCAUAUAUGUUUAUCCAGACUUACACUGUGAGUGUGUGAGUGAGUGAGUAUUCUGGUAGAAAUAACGGACAAUAAUGUCUUAUAUAUUUUUCAUUUCAUCAUCUACCAGGCAACAAAGUCCGUCGGAAGUCAACUGGUGAUCAUGCGGCCAGAACAUCACAGAUACUGCACGGCAACGUGGUUGAUAGCGGCGCAUCCGUUUAUGCAGCGCGGCGACGUCGUCUGCAACAAGUUUGUGAGGGCAAUAAGGGAACGGGCCGGACGGAAAACAUCCUCGUCUACCGCAACAUGUCCUACGGUGUGGUACCUAAGGCAGGCUGCACGUUUUGGAUCCGCGUGUUCCGGUUCCUCCACAACGAUACCAGGGGGCGCAACCUUGACAACCCAUUCAAGAUGACGAGGUAUGAAGCCCAUGGUGGUCCCAGGAAGAUCAAGAUGUACAGACUUCAGAAAGAGGAGGACAAGCGUGUUGUCAUGGCAACAACACGUUUCAUGGUUGCGAGAAACCCAUUUACGCGAUUGUUCACGGCUUACAUCGACAAGCUGUAUCUUCCUGACUACUGGUCCAGCGCCGGGAAGACCAUCGUCUCCCGCCGAGAGAAUGCAUCUUCUCGUAGUCUGAGUUGUGGACACGAUGUUUCUUUCACUGAAUUCCUUGGGCAUGUUGUGGAUGUCGGUGAACGUAAUGCGGUCUCUCUGAACGGACACUGGCGUCCGAUAGAGCACGCCUGUAACCCAUGCGCAUUCAAACCAGACAUAGUGGCCACACAGGAGACGUUCUCGCGAGAUUCACGCUUCAUACUGGAGAGAUUCGGACUUGGACAUCUAUUACAGAACCAUUCUCGCAUAGAUCACGUGCUGGACGAGUUGACAAUACUAACCGACUGGAACUAUCGUCCUCAUGACAUGUGCCUGACCCGGAAGCAGUUAGCAGGAAGGUUGUGGAGAACGUUUCAGAUCAAUGGCUACCUAACUCCUGGCUCGGAAGAACUUUUAGAAGCUGAGUCUUCAGAGAAUCUGACAAAAGACAAACUGAAGCAGCUUAUGUUCCGUUCCUAUCGGGAUUCCAUUUUGACAAAACAGGAGUCUUCCUCACAGAGGCGAUCCUUCCUUAGACAGGCCUACGCCUCAGUACCACGGGGUAUACUUGACAGAGUGGUCCAACUAUUCAGAAAUGACUUCUUAUACUUCGACUACGACAGCUCUGUAGACACUCUUCUACAUAUGUGAUAAUGACUAUAUAAACUGCCAUGAUAGCGAAAAUGUAUUUGUGUUAUUGUUAUUAAAAACUAUUCUUCUUGA